CCUUAUAUGUUGCCACCAUGCUGCAGAUGUGUCUGAUAUCAUUGGCUUUACAGCUGUCCACUGCUUAUGAAAAUAUUGCCCUCUACAAGCCGGCAUGGCAGCUUUAUCGAUAUGGAGAUGAUGCCACAUUCGAUGCAAGUAACGCUGUGGAUGGACUCAAAUCAGACCUCAGGGCCUGGGGAGGACAGUGUGCGAUAUCAAUAUUUGAUAAAGAGAUAGCCACAUGGAGAGUGGACCUAGAGGACAUCCUCAGUAUACGCCACAUUACCAUUUAUUACAGAACAGAAAACGCUGCAUGGGGUUCGACAAGUGGCUUUCCUGGUAGAUUUUUGGGGUUUUCCUUGUACGUAUCAAACACAACAGACAGAACAAAGGGAAAAUUGUGUUUCCACGACACAAGCUACACAACAACUACCAUCCCAGCCGUCUUCAACGUCACCUGUCUAGUUCACGGACGAUACGUCAUCUACUACAACGAAAGACUGCAAGGAAAGACGUACCCUCCUGAUUAUAGCACCCACGCAUAUAAUGAACUCUGUGAAGUAGAGGUUUACGGUUGUCCUGUGCGCGGUUAUUACGGACCUGACUGUUCGACCCCCUGCCCUGACACCUGUAGGCACAGGUAUUGCCACAUAGAGACUGGAUCCUGUCAGGGAUGUAAACCUGGAUACCAGGGACAUCAUUGUGAACUACAAUGUGAUGGAAGAAAAUAUGGAGAUGACUGUGCAGAUGACUGCGGAGCCUGUCUAGAUUACAAACAAUGUCACCAUAUAAACGGAUCAUGCCUUCAAAGAUGUGACGCUGGAUAUGAAGGAAACCUUUGUAAAACCGCGUGUUCGAUUGGUUUUUAUGGGAUUAAUUGCCAGGGAAGAUGUAGCGUUAACUGUGGAGUCCCUGGGAGGUGUAACAAGACAUCCGGGGAAUGUGAUGGAGGCUGUCAACCAGGGUGGAGAGGAAAUGUGUGUGACGCAAAGUGUGGUGAUAACCAGUACGGACCAGACUGUAAUCAAACAUGCGGGAAAUGUCGGGAGGGGAACCAGUGUCACCACAUCAGUGGUUCCUGUAAUGAUGGAUGUGAACCUGGAUACCAAGGGGAUAGAUGUGAUGAAGUCUGCGAGUUUGGGCAUUUUGGUACUAGUUGUAAAGCGGAAUGUAGCGCGUUCUGUCAGAAAUCACGUGAUUGUCAUCAUGUGACGGGCUAUUGCACCUCCGGUUGCAAAACUGGGUGGCAUGGGAAGGAUUGUUUAGAAGUCGAAGGUCAAAAACAGGAAACGGACCUAAAAUUGUAUGCAGUCCUCGGUGCGUUGUGUUUCAUAUUACUUCUCAUUGGGGUGUAUGCUGUUUACAGAAUCGUGAAAUGGAAGAGGAAGACAUUAAACGAAGGUGAAAAAUAUCGUCACAGUGAGUCUCCUCCUUGCACUAAAGAUCCUGCAUUAAAAGUCAAUGAAGGUGGGAAUGUCAUUAAUGUAUAUCAAGAAUUGGGAGAAAUGGGUCAGUCCUCAAUCUAUGAUCCUAUUAAUUUUAGUAGAGACAACGUUGCCCUCAACAGACCGUCAUGGCAACUACAUCCAUAUAACGGAAGUAUCGCCAUAUACGAUGCAAGUAAUGCUGUGGAUGGACGCAAGUCUGACCUCAUCUCAUGGGGAGGCCAGUGUGUUAUAUCGAAUAAUCGUAAAAUGACAGCCACAUGGAGAGUGGACUUAGAGAACAUCCUCAGUAUUCAUCACAUUACCAUUUAUUACAGGACGGACAAUGCUGCAUGGGAUAUGUCAAGUCAAUACCCUGGCAGGUUUGUGGGGUUUUCGCUAUACGUAUCAAAUACAACGGACAGAACACAAGGUCAUAUGUGUGUCCCUUACACAAACUACACCAGGGACACCAUACCCGCCGUCCUCAGCGUCACCUGUCCAGUUCACGGACGAUACGUCAUCUACUACAACGAAAGACUACAAGGAAAGACCUACCCUGAUGGAUAUAGUGCCUACGCAUUUAAUGAGCUCUGUGAGGUAGAGGUUUACGGUUGUCCUGUACCCGGAUUUUUCGGACCCGCCUGUUCUUUCCCUUGUCCUGAUACAAACUGUCGAUACUGUCACAUAGAGAAUGGAGUCUGUCAGGGAUGUAAACCUGGAUAUCAGGGACAUCAGUGUGAACUACCUUGCAGUCCUCAGUAUUAUGGAGAGUUGUGUAAAGAGACCUGUGGUAACUGUAGUGACGGGGUGACGUGUAACAAUGUAGACGGAACGUGUACAAACGGAUGUGACGUCGGUGUCUACGGAAACAGAUGUAAAACACCGUGUCCUGUUGGUUGGCAGGGGAAGAACUGUUCACUGCGGUGCGGAAGCUGUGACACGUGUAUCAGAUUUACAGGACAGUGUACAUCUCCCUGUUAUCCGGGCUGGAAAGGACAACACUGUAUUGAUGAAUGUGAUGGGAUGAAAUAUGGAUUUGGCUGUAUAUAUAACUGUGGAACCUGUCUAGAUUAUAAACAAUGCCACCACAUAAAUGGAUCAUGUCUUCAAGGAUGUGAUGCUGGAUUUGAAGGAAACCUUUGUAAAACUGCUUGUUCGGUUGGUUUAUAUGGACGUAAUUGCCUAGGGAGAUGCAGUGUUUACUGUGGAGUUCCAGGGAGGUGUAACACAACAACUGGACAAUGUGACGGAGGCUGCCAACCAGGGUGGAGAGGAAUUUUGUGUGCCACGAAGUGUGGUGAUAACCAGUACGGACCAGGCUGUAACCAAACAUGUGGGAAAUGUCGGGAGGGGAACCAGUGUCACCACAUCAGCGGUUCCUGUAAUAAUGAAUGCGGACCUGGAUAUCAGGGAGACAAAUGUGAUGAGGUCUGCGAGUUUGGGCAUUUUGGUGCUGGUUGUAAGGAGGAAUGUAGCGCAUUCUGUCAGAAAUCACGUGAUUGUCAUCAUGUGACGGGCUAUUGCACGGGUGGUUGCAAAACUGGCUGGCAUGGAAACGAUUGCUUAGAAGUUGAAAGUCCAGAGCAGGAAACGGAUACAAGGUUUUAUGGAGUCCUCGGUGCGUUUUGUGUUACAUUAGUUCUCAAUGGAGUGUAUGCCGUCUACAAAAUCGUGAAAUGGAAAAAAAGGAAAUUAAACGAAGGAAAGAAAUAUCAUCCGAGUGAUUCUACGACUUGCACCAAAGACGAUGUACUAAAAGUCCAAGAGGAUGGCAAUGUCAACAGUGGAUAUCAAGAACUGAAAGAAAUUAGUCAACCUUCAACCUAUGACUCCGUUCACUAGAGGGGAGGUUAUCUUUCCUCUCUCACUACGCCAUGGGAUUCAAUUCAUUGACAUCUUUGGAAAUAUGUUAUAUUUUGUACGACAUCCUUCAUUUUUACAUCAAGACCCAUGCAUUGUUUUCAAUACAGUCAGUGUGGUUUCCUCUUAUAACUACAGAUAUGAAAUCGGAGAUGAAAUUAAAUUUAAGUUUCAGGAAGUAUAAGAUUUCUAUCAAAAUGUUCUACACCAGGAUGAAAUUAGACCAACUUAAAAAAAAAUAGUGUUCGAGUAACUCUCCCAUAUGCACUAGUGGGUAUCUGGAGCUGGGAAAAUUGAGUCCAUCUUCAAACUAUGCCUUCAUUUGUUAGCAGAAAAAUGUUUUACACGCCAUGCAUGCUAAUAUAUGAUUCUUUCAUAAUGCAUCGCAUGGUGUUCAUGUAUUGCAGUAAGCUGGUUUUCUACAUGUAUACUUUACUAGGAAAAGAAACAAUAUUUAGUACCUUUGUAUAUCUUAUUUCAAAACUGACGUUGCUUAUCUAUUUGUAAAUAUCAUCAAAAUUUCUCAUCCCGGCCGAUUUGACGUCUGCUAAAAUCACUUCCGGUAUCAUACAUAGCUAAAGUAAUUCUAGCCUAUAUAGAACUAUAAUGUGUAAAUGAGCGUGUAAGUGUAACUAAAUAACACGUGUACGUAUAUAGGAACAGGUGGAAACAUGACAGAAACAAUGACUAAUAUUAACAGUAUACCCUACUUAUGUUCCUGUGAUUGUUCACGGCAGAAAUAUACAACAUAAUGCCUACUUAUCUGAAGAAAAAACUGUAUUUCUUUAAAAUGACAAUUAACAGUAAACUUAGUCCAACAUAUAAAAUCAGAGAUUUUGGAUACUCGAUACACCGAUCCAUUACAUAUCGAUUAGCCCCGUCCAUCGUCGUUCCGUCUAAGCGACGCUUCCGGAUCGUACUUUCUGUAGUAAACAAGGCGGGCGAAAUCAAUCUAACAAUCGAUUCGGUGCGACAAUUCUUCAGAUUUUUCUCCGAAAUACCGAGAUUACUAAGAGAGCAAAGGAGAGAGGGUACAAUCAUUUUAUCAAUGGAUACGUUUAUGCAUUUCAAUUAUAUUCAUCCAGUCAUGAACCCAUUGAUAUAGCGGCAAAAUGUUACUGAUCUAUGCGCAAAAGUGAACUUUCACACACGAUCAAUAUGACAAGUACUCCCACAACAUCGAUCAAUAUCGAUAGUCAUUGUUCAUGGAAAACCGGCUAUGUACAUAAAUUAAACGAUUUAGAUUUUCAUCAUAUAAAAAUUAUAUGAAUUACGAAAUAAAUCUAUUACGAAACGUA